AUGAGAGGUGACUUCUCGAGCAUGAGUCAAUUGGUGGACUCUCACACCACCUCCAUUAAACAAAUAGAGCAACAGUUGGGGAAACUCUCAGCCUCAAUGAAUCCAAGAAAGAACGGAUCACUACCAAGUGAUACCAUUCAAAAUCCCAAGAAGGAAGGACACUGCAUGGCCAGAACCACCAGGAGUGGUAAAGUUCUUUCUGACCCUAUUUCUGCAGGUACUAAGUAUGAACAGGUCUUGGAGCAAGCUAACAGAGAGGAGGAUGAGAAUAUAUAUGUAGAUGAUCAGGGAGAAGCUCAACAAUCUCAACCUAAAGCACAACAUUCGAGAGGAAAAGAGAAGGAGGUUCAGGAACACCUGCCCUUACAGCAGAUUCCCAAGCCACCUCCUCCUUUCCCUCAAAGGCUUAAAAAGAAAGCUGAAGAUGGAAAGUUUAUGAAAUUCAUCACUAUGCUAAAACAACUUUCAGUAAACAUUCCAUUGGUUGAAGCCCUAGAGCAGAUGCCAGGAUAUGCCAAGUUCAUGAAAGACUUGGUCACCAAGAAAAGAGCUAAAAAGGAGGAUCCGGGUGCAUUCACAAUACCAUGCACCAUUGGGUCAAUCAAGUUUGCAAAAGCUCUAUGUGAUCUGGGAGCUAGCAUAAAUCUGAUGCCUUUAGCCAUUUAUAAAAAGUUAGGUUUGGGAGUACCAAAACCUACAUCAAUGAGGUUGAUGAGGGCUGAUAGGUCAGCAAAGAGGCCAGUGGGCAUCCUGUGUGAUGUACUGGUAAAGGUGGACAUUUUCAUCUUUCCAGCUGAUUUUGUGAUUCUGGACUGCGAAGUAGAUUUUGAGGUUCCCAUAAUCUUGGGAAGAUCCUUUUUGGCCACAGGAAGAGCUUUAGUGGAUGUUGAGAUAGGAGAGUUGAAGUUCAGACUCAACACAGAUGAGGUAAGGUUCAACAUUUGCAGGUCAGUGAAAUAG